CAAGUAUUGGAAUAGGACACUGCUUUGUUCAACAGUAGGGGGGAGGCAAACGAUCACAGUAGCUUUGCCUGCUACAAUCGGUCAAUACAAUCUCCUAGGGCGGGCUAUCCCAUUUCAUCUGUGUCUAGCUGUAUUGUUACGUUAACUUUCAAAUAUUUGUCUUGCCUGGACCCUCAGGAUUUCUACCAAGGGAUGUCAAAGCGAGUGCGAAGCAGAGAGGUCUGCGCUGAUUGCAGUGCUCCGGAGCCACGCUGGGCCUCUGUGAACAGGGGUGUGUUGAUCUGCGAUGAGUGCUGCAGCAUCCAUCGAGGACUGGGGCGACACAGCUCUCAGGUCCGACAUCUGAAUCAUUCUCCAUGGCCAUCGUCGCAGAUACAGAUGGUCCAGACACUGUAUGGUAAUGGAGCUAAUUCCAUAUGGGAGCAUAGCCUUCUGGACCCUUCUUCUUCUGUGAGUGGGAAGCGCAAAGCCAACCCCCAGGACAGAGUUCAUCCCAACAAGACGGAAUUCAUCAAGGGCAAAUAUCAGAUGUUGGUGUAUGUCCAUCGCAUGCCUUGUCGGGAGGAUGACAGUGUUACUGCAAAAGACCUCAGCAAGCAACUGCACUCCAGUGUUCGGACUGGAAACCUGGAGACCUGCCUGAGACUCUUAUCUCUGGGAGCACAGGCCAACUUCUUCCACCCAGAGAAAGGCAACACUCCACUACACAUAGCAGCAAAAGCAGGACAAAUGUUACAAGCAGAACUGUUGGCAGUUUAUGGAGCUGAUCCGGGGGCUCUGGACUCCAGUGGAAAGACCCCCAUCGAUUAUGCAAGACAAGCUGGGCAUCAGGAUCUGGCAGAGAGGCUGGUGGAGAUACAGUACGAACUCACUGACCGCUUAACAUUUUACCUCUGUGGAAGAAGACCAGAUCACAGAAAUGGGCAACACUUCAUCAUUCCACAGAUGGCAGACAGAAAUGACAGCCUGGAUUUGUCAGAGUUUGCAAAAGCUGCAAAGAAGAAGCUCCAGUCGCUGAGUAAUCAUCAGUUUGAGGAACUUGCCAUGGAUGUUUACGAUGAAGUCGACAGAAGAGAAACGGAUGCAGUGUGGUUGGCCACUCAGAACCACAGCACACUGGUUACAGACACCACAGUUGUGCCUUUUCUUCCGGUCAAUCCAGAGUACUCAUCCACCAGGAACCAGGGUCGUCAAAAAUUGGCACGGUUUAGUGCUCAUGAAUUUGCCACCCUGGUUAUUGAUAUUCUCACUGAUGCUAAACGGCGGCAGUGGGGUAAUUCCUGCGACAGUCCCAAAGAGAACGUGGAGUUGAUCCUUCAGGGAAUAGACAGUCGCCAUAACAGUGACAGCCAGGAUAAUGACCAGCCUGAUUACGACAGUGUGGCAUCAGAUGAAGAUCCAGUGCACGAGGCCACCUGUGGGGACAGCAGCACUGACCGAAGGACCAAGAGCUCAGAGUCAUCUGACCUCUCCGAUGGACCAAUCACAGUGCAUGAAUUCAUGGAGGUGAAGACUGCCCUCACUGCAUCGGAAGCCAAAAUACAGCAGCUUCUCAAGGUCAACUGUCACCUCAGUGAAGAGCUGCGGAGCAUGCAGGGCAAGCUGAACUCCCUGCAGACUGAAAACACAACACUGCGAUGGCAACCCCCCAGCGGACAACAACAACACCUACAGGGGCCCUUAGGUCGACACCCGCCCCGCGGCGGCCGCGCCAUGUCCAUGUAUGAGACCGGCUCUUCCCCGAGGCAGUACCCCCACCGAGUGGAGGCGGCUCGGCAUGAGGACGGAGUCGUUUUACAACCCUUCCCUACCAACAUUGGGAGGGGUCCUUUGGGGACGGCUGCUUCCUCCCUCCCUACCUUCCCCUCUUCCCUGUCCUGGUCGUGGGACGAGCGAUCUCGAAGGGGCUGCAGUCUGGAAGGACAGAGUAUGAUGCUGGAGAACGAUUACGACACUACGCCCAACCACUCCACUGAAAUGGAGGAAGCUGGCAGCCCUCUUCCAUCCUCUGAAUCAGUGGCACAUGGAGAGGAGGGUGAGGAUGAUGGCACCCUGCCGUGCACAGAGGACGUCAUCUGUAAGACGGAGCAGAUCACCAAGAACAUUCAGGAGCUGCUGAGAGCCGCCCAGGAGACCAAGCAUGAAAGCUUCCUGCCUUGUUCAGAAAAGAUCUGCGUGGCUGUGAAAGAGAUGGCCGCCCUGUUUCCCAAGAGGCCGUCUUCGGACACGGUUCGAGGGUCUCUGUAUCUCCUCACGUCCAGCGCCAGCCGACUGCACGGAGAGUGCCAGAAGGCCGCAGAGCACAACCCCUGCCCGUCGGACAUCCAGCUGGUCACUCAGCAGGUCAUCCAGUGCGCCUAUGACAUUGCCAAAGCUGCCAAGCAACUUGUCACUGUGACAACCAAAGAAAACAAUAACUAACUAAAAAUCCAAAGACAUUCCUGAUGCACCCAAAAUAGUUUAUUUAGAUACCGCUAAUUUUUGUUUAAUCAGUGUUAACACGCUUUUUUCUAAUUAGGCGGCAAUUAUUUACGUACAUUCCUUAAAAAAAACAAGAUGCACCAUGUAAAAUGACAGACCAAUCUAAACAUUAUUGUGAUGUUUUUGUAUCAUGGGUAAUACAGAGUAAACAAACACCUUUAAAGCUGUAGGAUAGAAUCUGUUACGCCUCUUAACCUCACAAAGAGAUAACAGUUUAAUCCACACAAAAUCCAAAAGUGCAAUGUUGUGUGUGUGUGUAUAUAAACAAAGAACAACAAGCCUUCUACAUUGUACUUUUCCACAUAGAGGUCAUCAUAUAGAUACACCUUUAUCUACACCAUUGUCAUCUGUUUAUUUUCCUUUUUUAUUUGAAAUGUUUUUAAGAUGCAAUGACAGUAUUUUAGUCUUGAACCAUUGUGAUGCCACUUGCUUAGAGUUCAAAUGUUUGUUUGGUGAUUAUGAAAGUAGCUUCAGUGCAUAGAGCACCAUGUAAGGCCAGCAGUACAAACGGUGGUCUAACCUUCAUUCCAUCCAGCAGCUCCAGCAGGGGAUUCAGCAAAGUGACAAUAGUCCUUGGAGUUAUAAUGUUACAGCCAUACUUCUGAUGUUGUGUAUGUGUGUGUGUGUGUGUGUGUGUGAGAGAGUGUGUCGGCGCAGUUGUCACAGAGAUGGCAUCGAUGGCCCCUGUGAAACCCAUUUUGAAUCAAUUUUAAUAGCAUUAUGCAAAUAUAUAAGAUGUAUGUAUCUAUGUAAUUCUUUAUCAAAAUAAUCCAAAUGCUAUUCUAUUUAUGAACUGUGUGUCAUACCUCUAAGAAAAUAUUAAUGUUUAUUUUCAUAAGCUUUUGUUUAACAUGAUGCUCCUCGCAGACUAACUUUUGUUCUGAGGUUUGGGACGUCUCAGCUGGCAGUGAGUUAUGGGCAACCUGUGAUCUCUCGUCUAUUUGGUGUGGUGCUCUAACUCCAGUGUGUUCAAUGCUACCUGUGGUCACAUGCGUACAGCUAUGGUUUACAAUCACUGAAGUUAAUGUGCCCUUAAAGUUAGAGUAGAACUCGGGUCUUAUGUUUCAUUUGUUGUUGUGAGCCAGAUCAGUCUCAACCAGGGGUGUAAAGCUAACCAGAAAACACUUCACACGCCAACAACGACAAUUAAAUAUUACUCAAGUAGCUUUACAAAAGCUUUCUCAAUAGGUUGCCUGGAUGGAGAACAGGUUUAAGACUCAACAAGAGGAUUAUUAAAAUGAUUCAAACUAUGUUCAGUACAGAUGAUUACACCAUUAAAGUAUUCAUUUUUAUUUUAAAAGUAAUUUUUAGUUUUGGACCAAAACCGUUCUGAUGGUUUGCUUACGAGCUUGUUUUGUAACUGCAUUGCACAGUCUAGGCAGUGUAAUUUUUUUUUUUUAUGACUUAAUUAAAAAAAAUAAUGUCUGCAUCUUUUUUUCAGGAUGUUUUGACCAUGCAAAAGUAUUGUUAUUUUCUAACAAUUAAUUAUAAAUGUGGACAGAUGUUCUUAAUGCAAAACGAUGUAACAUUCCAGUAACUCAGUCCAUUAUGCUUCAACCUCUUUUUAAAGUUAGUGAGUGUAAUGAACUGCUGAAUUGUGCAUUUUAUUGCUUAAUAAUCCAGCUUUCGUUUGUAAAAGAAGAAUGUCUUAUUUCCUCUUUAAAGAUUUUAAAGUCAUUUUAAUGAUAAACUUCCUGAAAUAAUGACGUACUAUAUCAAAAAUACCUUCUUUGAGAUACCAAGUCAUUAUUUUGAGGAUGUCAAUCAUCAUAAUGACUUGCAAGAUAUAUUUGUUUUAAUUAAAAAAAUAUUGAAGUUCAUUGGUGCCUGCUCUCACUGGCAGCAAUGGGCUUCCAUAUGAUGCAUAUUUGUUUCAACCUAAUAUAAUGAUUAAUCCAAGGGAUUACUAAAUAAGAAAAAUCCUUCUCUAGGCUAUACAAAAAAAACACAUUUUAAAAUUACAAAAUAUAUUUUUUAAAGUACAUUUUUGUCAAAAGCUAAAAUACAAAUGUUUUCAGUUACUUUCCACCCCUGGUUUCAACCCUGACAUUUGAUAUCCUGUAACUUCUAGCCUGCCACUGCCUCUGUGGUUGAAAACAAUUUCUGCCUUAGGUUUAAUAAAGUAUAAUUCAUACCUCAAA